AUGGUACCUUUAGAAUUUCAUGAAUGGCGUGAUCAUCAACGUGCUGCCCUCUAUAAAUUAUACGAUCAAGGAUUUCUUCCAAAACCAAAUAUAAACACAAUUGUUGUUGAAUGGAGAGAAAAGAAAAGGAAUAGAAUUUGGCAUAAAGUGACAUUUAAACAUUUUAUUCAAAAAACAUCUCCAAUAAUUACAUCGGAAGAAAAAGAUUUAGCCUUUCGUGAACAUAUAAAAUCAAAAAUUGAGGCAUCUAUGGAUAUUCAAAAAACAUCUGCUAUGGCACUUAAUUCAAUGGGAAUUGGCUCUUUAUUGAGCCAAAUUGUUUUAUUAGUCUUAUUUUUCCCUGUUCGCAAAGGAAUAAUAUCAGAACCUGUUGAAAAGAUUUUUUUAAUUAUUGUGAAUACUCCAACUGAAAUUCUUUCUUUUGGUGCUGGAAUUAUUGCCUCUAAAUGGGGCGCAGAAAAAGUUGAAAAAUGGUGGAGUAGUGAUGAUAUGAAAAAUAAACAGAUGAUUCGUCUUAUAAUUGACCGAACAAUAAAACAAAUGGAUCAUCCAGAUAAAGAAUUUCAAGAAAUUAAAGAAAACGAGAUAUAUAAAAUAUAUCAUCCAAAAUUACAACUUUUGUUCAGAUACGGCAAAUGGAUCACAAAAUUUAUGAUUGUCACCUUUAAAUUUAUGACAAAACCGUCAUUAUUUAAACAAAUAAAUUUGAGUAAAAUGACACUUCCUUUAUUUAAAGAGGAAGAAAUAAAUGAGGAUUUAAAUUUUAAAAUUUCUUAUUUGCCCGAACCUCUAGAUAAAAUGACAAAAAUGCCGGGAAUUGAUGAAGAAAAAUUAAAUGAAUUUAUUGAAAAUAUUGGUUAG